GGAGGUAGAAAACUUUCACUAAAUAAAUUUUACAGUCGGACUCUGACUUAUCCAAAACCAUUGACCAGUUUCACUCCGACACAGACCCGAAUUCCUUCCCGGUCAAAAUGAAGACCACGAAAUUAAUCCUAUUCACUUUCGUCCUUAUCAAUAUAUUUUUGUUACAAUUGGUGCCAUCAGGAAAUGCUCAACAAUCUUCAAUACAGUUACCGGUCGAACUUGUGGGAUUUCCCGUCAUUAUCCUUGCAGUACGAUUAUCAAAUUUUGUCAAGAAACUCGCCUAUUCUUUAAAUCCGAGUACUUACAUCUCUAGAAGUAAAAGAGGAAUAUCUAACGAUGAUAUGAUUGAUAUGUUAGAAGCAGAAAAACGUUUAGUAUCUGAAUUAGGUGAAAAUGUUUGCAUAUACACUCGAGUUUGUCUUCUUCACGCAGAUAAAGCAAAAAAAUCGAUUGGGAAAAAGAAUUAUUCAGUAAAUUGGGAUGAAGUAUUUAGCCAUUACAAAACCACCAGCGACAAAAACAAGGAGUUCUAUCUACUCAGCAUAUUUUUGGGGGAUUUUAUUGCCUCGCCGAAAUUUUGUAAUUUAUUAGCGAAAAGAGGAAGAGCUUGUAAUGAUUAAACAAUGAUUUAGUUAAUUUUUAAUUUUGCUCAAAGAAUUUUUUAUUUAAUAUUACGUUUUGUAAAUAAAGUAGUUUUGUUGU